AUGCCUCUCUACAACGUCACCCUCAAGAAGGACUCUCCCGCCGAGGCGCUCACAAAAGCCAAGGAAGAUGCUGUGAAAUCGGGCGGUACCAUUAAGCACGAAUACACCCUCAUCAAAGGCUUCACCGUCGAAUACCCCGAGGACAGCGUGGGAACCCUCGAGGCAAACGAACACAUUCAUGUCGAGCAGGAUGGAGAGGUCCGCAUCCAGUAA